CUCUACGAAGCACCAUUCUGCCGAACUUAUUCAGGGUUAGGUUCGCGGAUCACGAUCCUGAGUAAUGUCGUGCAUAGUAUUUGUCUUUUUAAUCUUCUCUCUUCAAGUGGUUGUGUCCCACGGUUUUGCUAAGGUGCUUCUUCAGCCAUGUCCAGCUCUACUGUGACCAUCCUCCUAGCCGUAAGCGCACUGACGGCGCUCUAUCUUUACACCAACCGGAAGAGCCAUGAUGCAUCCGAGAAGCCCUUGGUUAAGCUGCCCCUCAUUGGUGAUAUUCACAGCUCCCCAAUUGAGAAACCACUGGUAAACUGGAGCGCAUGGUCCAAAAAACAUGGGCCGAUUACGGUUCCCAAGCUCUUUGGAAUUGUACCCAUUGUCGUGCUCAAUUCGUAUGAAGCUGUCACUGAACUCUUCAGUCGUCGCAGCCAAUGGUACAGCAACCGACCUGCCUCCGUGAGUAUGGAAAUGAUUACUGGGGCCGAACCAGGGCGCUCUCGAUUUACGCUGAUGCACGACUAUGACGAUCACCUCAAGCUGCAUCACCGCAUUCUCUCACCAAGUCUUGGUGCGCCUGCAGCAAGCAAUUACCAGCCGCUUAUGGAACUUGAGGCCAAGCAACUGCUCUUCGACCUCAUCACGACCCUAAGCAAGGCUGCCGAUGGUUCCACAAUCAGUACGAAGACCAUAUACCCUCUGCUCGAGCGCACCCAGUCCAGUGUGAUCCUCGCCCUCCAUUAUGGUCUCCGCAUCCCCAAAUUUGAAGAACCAAUCCUCCACGAAGUCAUCGACAUCCAAGCAAAAGUCACCCAUCUCGCCGCAAACCCGCAGCUCCCAGAUCUUGUGCCCUUUCUUCGACACCUACCCGCUUUCAUCUCUCCGUGGCAGCAAUAUGCUGACAAGCUCUACGCCUCCCAAGUCAAUCUCUACAUGCGCCUCUUCCACCACGGUAGAGACGCACCAGGCUGGAACGCGACAAAGCAAGCCAUUGCAACCGCACCGAAACACGCUCCCGCGGACUCUCCAGUGUCGGAUCUUGACAUUGCCUUCACGCUCGCAACAUCCAUUCAAGGUGGCAUGGAAACGUCUCCGCGCCAGAUUCUCUGGCUAUUCAUCGCAGCAAUCCAGCAUCCUGGGUUUAUAACCCGUGCGCAUGAAGUAUUAGAUGAAGUCGUCGGUCGCGAGCGACUCCCUAGGUUUUCAGACCGCAAUAGCCUCGCCUACGUUGACGCCGUCGCACAUGAACUGUUCCGUUGGCGGCCCAUUGCUCCAGGCUCGAUUCCGCGCCGUGCUGACCGUGCGGAUGAAUAUGCCGGCGUGAAAAUCGCCAAAGGCGUCACCAUCAUGUCAAACGCAUGGGCCAUCGGCCGUGACGAGAAAGUCUUCGAUCCUUCCCUCGGCGAUGCGCAAGACUUCGUUCCUGAGCGCUGGCUGCGUGAUGGAAAGGUUCGCAGCGACCUUCCACUCCCUGUGUUCGGCCAAGGUCGAAGAAUCUGCCAGGGAAAGCGUGUCGCUACUGACGGAACAUUUUUGAACAUCGCGCAUUUGCUUUGGGCGUUCGAUGUGGAAGCGCUAGAGGGUGAAGAGAUCGAUCCAUGGGCAAUGGUAGUUGUUGGGUUCAUGACUGAGCCGAGGCCGUCCAAGUUCCGUCUCAAGCCUAGAGGGCAAUGGGUACUUGAUGUGGUGAAAGGGGAGUGGGGAAGUACCGAGAAGAGCUUAGAGAGAGUGAUGGGCAUUGCUAAUGACGUAGAGAGGUAGCUUCAAUUUAGUCUUGUUCCAUCACCAUCGGGAUAGUAGGGGUCAGGAAAUUGAAAAGACAAUAACAAGUCUACCCAAAGGCGCCCUUAAGCAAACAUAUUCUCGUUGAAAACAUCUACGUUAGGAGGAAAUCGUCACCUACAUCUCCUCUAUCGCAAUACAUGAGUUAACGCUUCCCCCAGUUCUCAAGCUAACAAAAGCUAAGGCACAGUACAUCAUGGGCUCAGGAACUCUAUUCCAGAUUCCCUCCGCUACCCAGCGCCUUACCGUCGCUUCCCAUACCGGCAUCAAGUCUUGCGUUCUCGCCUCAUUCCGAAACCACAAUGCCACAGCUUGGAAUGUAUCGUUACUGAAAAUAUCCUCCAUAGGAUAGAACCUAAGUUUGUCCAUCUGUAAAUCUGCAGUUCUAACGCGCCUUUGGCCGCCAAUUUCGUCAUUGGUCCACUUGUCCGCCUGACACAAGAUAUAGGCCCGUAUAUUCAUCCAUUCCCAG